AGAUCUCCCCAGCUGUUACAUAAUAUGCCUCCUUGUGUACUGAGGCGGAAUACUAAACAGUUGGGCUGGGAGUGAAAAUUGAAGAAAAGUUCCGACCGGUCUCUGGUGUUGUGAAAAGCUUAUAUAUGUUCAAAAUAAUCUGCCCUGUGACAGAAUAAGCUGCACUGUACACUGCCUAGAGUAGGCCUAGCAAGCCAAGAUGGCUGACCCCUACCAAAACAACAUAUACCACCAAGGUGGUGGUGACAGCUAUGGGACUUAUGGAGAAGGCGGUGGCCCUGAUGGAUAUGGCUACCAGGCAGACUACCCUCCCCAGGAAGAGGACGCAGCGAGUGAUGUGACUGAAGGUCACGAUGAAGAAGACCAGAUGUACGAAGGGGAAUAUCAAGGAAUACCACAUCCCGACGAGGUGAAGGCUGCACAGAGAGCCGCACGGGCUAAAGCUCGAGCAGCCGGCAGUGCAGUCUCUGAAUUGGAGGAAUUAUCUGAACAGUAUGAGGACAUCAUGGAGGACUGUGGCCAUGGGAAGUUCCAGUGGACCCUCUUCAUGGUGCUGGGUCUGGCACUGAUGGCCGACGGGGUCGAAUGUUUUGUGGUUGCGUUCGUUCUACCAUCUGCAGAAAAGGAUCUGUGUCUGUCCAAUGCAGAGAAAGGGAUGUUGGGUCUGAUCGUCUUUCUGAGCAUGAUGGUGGGAGCGUUCUUGUGGGGAGGUCUGGCAGACAAAGUUGGCCGUCGGCGCUGUCUGGUUGUGGCAUUAGCUAUAAACUGUGUCUUUACCUUCCUGUCCUCGUUUGCUCAGGGCUACGGCUUCUUCCUCUUCUUCAGGCUACUGUCUGGCAUCGGUAUUGGUGGCACAGUGCCAAUCGUGUACUCGUACUUCUCUGAGUUCCUUCAGAUGGACAAGAGAGGAGAGCAUCUGUCCUGGUUGUGUAUGUUCUGGAUGAUUGGUGGGAUCUACGCCUCAUUCACUGCCUGGGGAAUCAUUCCCAGAUACGGUUGGGGGUUCAGCAUGGGCACAGAGUUCCAGUUCCACAGCUGGAGGGUGUUUGUCCUGGUUGCAGCUCUUCCUGCCAUCGCCUCUCUAGUUGGACUCACCUUCAUGCCUGAGAGCCCCCGCUUCCUGCUGGAGAAUGCCAAGCAUGAUGAAGCGUGGAUGAUCCUGAAGCAGGUCCAUGACACCAACUGGAGGGCCAAAGGACAGCCAGAAAAAGUCUUCACUGUGACUCACAUCAAGGCUCCUAAGACAGCAGAGGAUGAGUUCAUUGAGAUUCAGAGUGCUACAGGAACAGCUGUACAGCGUUGGGCUGUCCGUUCACUAACACUCUGUAAACUGGUGUUGAGGAACGUAGCAUCUCUCCUGUCUGCUGAGCUGAGGUUUGCUACACUCUUCAUGGCCAUCAUCUGGUUCUGCAUGGCUUUCAGUUUCUACGGUCUGUCUGUAUGGUUCCCUGACAUGAUCAAACACCUUCAGCAUGAAGAGUACCAGUCCAAAGUCAAGGUAUUCCAUAAAGAACGAGUGGAGAACUUCCAUUUUAACUUUUCUUUGGAGAACCAGAUCCAUAGAGAAGGGGAAUACAUCAAUGACAAGUUCAUCAGUAUAGAGCUGAAGUCAGUGAAGUUUGAGGACUCACUGUUUGAAGACUGUCGCUUUGAGGACAUCAGGUCCACAGACACAGUGUUUGAGAACUGCACCAUCCGCUCCACUGUCUUCUAUAACACAGACCUGUGGGAGGAGAAGUUCAUCGACUGCAAGAUGGAGAAUGCCACCUUUGAGCACAACAAACAUGGCUGCCACCUGGACACUGUUGAGGACAACGACGUUCUCAUUUACCUGGUUAGCUUCCUGGGCAGUCUGGCCGUGUUGCCCGGCAACAUCAUCUCCGCCCUCUUCAUGGAGAAGAUUGGCAGGGUCAAGAUUAUAGGUGGCUCCAUGCUCAUUUCAGCAGGCUGUACCUUUUUGCUGUUUCUGAGCUUCAGCCAAUCAGCGAUCAUUGCCCUGCAGUGUCUGUUCUGUGGCGUCAGUGCAGCUGCAUGGAACGGCAUUGAGGUGGUGACCGUGGAGCUGUACCCUGCUUCUAAAAGGGCCACAGCGUUCGGUGUGCUGAAUGCUCUCUGUAAGCUGGCGGCGGUACUCGGUAGCUCUAUCUUUGCCAGCUUUGUGGGCAUCACCAAAGCCAUCCCCAUCCUCCUGUCUUUCACUGCACUGGUGUGCGGCGGCCUGGUGGCCCUCAGACUGCCUGACACACGAGAGAAAAUCCUCCAGUGAGGUCAUGUGAGAUGCAGUGCAGGGGGUGGGGGGGGUGGGAUAAGGGGAUUAAGAGGCCAAAAUAUAUUUGCUUAAUGUUGGAACCUGUUUGAGUUACAACUGAAUUUGACUUCACUUUGCAUUUGAGAGAAAGCAAGAAUGGAAAUAACUCACACCUAUUAAAUGUAAAAUGCCAAGCUCAUUUUUUUUUCUUUUUAUUAACUGUGUAAAACAUAUUUAUUUUGUGAAGGUUUCAGAGAGGAGCGGUCGAUCAUUUCACUAAGGAUGGGAUGUGGGGGGGGGUUUAGGUGUAAACAAGUUUCAGUGUUCAGAAAUGAUUUCUGUUGAAAAAAGUGUGAUCCUUGAAUAACACAAUGAAUCUAUUAAGACACUAGAUGAUGAUGAUGUGAGGAUUAAAUCACAUGAUCUAACUGGUUAUAAUUUCCUCUGCUCCUUGUAUUUCUACCACCAGUGACAUGCAUGAUGGGAAAUAAUGUCAGAUACUGGCUACAUGUUGGAAAAUUCUUUCUGUGGCUUUUUUAAGGCUUUCCAGCAACUUUAGCAAAUAUCUGAGUCUAUAAAAUGGUUGGCUCUUCUACAAAUCAGCCUGAAUGUUGAAAAAGUGAAAGAGGCCGUUAAGUUUGGAAUUCUCUGACGUUUCCUUCUACUUGUUCUUGUAAUGUUGUGACUUUACAGCUGUGGCCAACUAAUGACUGCAUUCAGCUUGUCCAGUUGUCAGCAAUUUGUCGUUUUGUCUUCUAGUUCUGGUUUGAGCUUAGUCACGUCUGACUGAUGAUAUCUGUAGCUGUGCCAUCUCAUUUUCAUGAUUUUAUUUUUGAAUUAUUUGGGAAAUUUAGGGAAGUUAAAGCCAAAUGAAAUUGUAAUUGUCUUCACAUUUUAAGUAAGGAAAUAUAAACUUAUAAUGACACUGAAUUGUGGCUACUGUUUCUGGAAAUAUUAGUGGAAACUCUGGGCGGGCGUUUCCCAUGGCAACACUUGUACUUCCCCUUUUUUUCAUAGUUUUGUUUAGUGAUAUAAUAUAUCUGCUCCUUUACAACAUUCAACAUUUUGGAGGACCCAGUGUGCUGUUAAGUUUUUAUUUCACUUAGACAGUGGAAAGUAGUUACUGUUGCCGAAAGAGUUUAAGAAUCUAUCCUAAAGGAGCCAUUCAAAUUAUUUUGUGCAAUUUUCUUCUGAGUAAAAAUUUCCCCUGCAACUGGUAACCUGAAUUCCAUGGUUUUUGCAGUGCCAUUUCACUAGCAGUUUCUGACUUCUCAUUGCAUCAAACUAAUAGAGAGGUUUAAUAUACAUGAAUACUGCAGUAGUAUUACUUGAAAUGAAACAACUACUCGUGUGUGUACUGAGAUCCAAUAGUCUGUCCUAUGUGCUGUAUGUUGUGUAUGAACACCGUCUCCUCUAGUCUGUAGCUCAGUCUGAAGUUGAUCUCCUCCUUUCCUCAGCACAGGGAAACUACUUUCUCAUUUUGCUGGACUUGCACAGACAUAAUAUGUCUCAGUAAAACUGUGUGUACAUUUGCUUUUCUGUCUUCAGCAGAUGUACAUUAUAGACAAAACCACCAUAGAUAACAUUAGGUCUGUUGAGUGUGUUAAUGUAACCCUGUCUCUUUCCUUUUUAAUAACUGUUACCUUCCCCCUCAUUGUCCCACUGUCACUUGUCCUUGGCCUGAAAUGAGUAAUGGCAUUAUUGCACCACCCUGUGGAGGAAACUAACCAUCACUGUUGGUUUGGCAUCCUGUUUGCAUGUACAAUAUGAAUCCUGCAGUGGGACCACAUACUGCCUUCCUUGUUUGAAAAUGAUGAUGAAAAUGCUUGUGAAUGGAGAUCAAUGGUAUACUGAUAUAUACAAACAUGACUUCAUGAAAGCAUCUGCCAUUUGUCAUGUAAAGUCAGCCGUCUGUGGUUAGAAGUCCAAGUGGAAGACAACAAAAUUAACCGAUGCAAUUCAUGAACUGAACAAGAAAAUUGAUAAAUUGCCUUGUGCUCUCAGUCAUAAAGUCAAAGGGAAAUUGAUUUAAUCACUGAAGCUCAGCAAACACCAGAUUUCCCAUUGUUCCUGUUGACAGCAGGCUCAGUGAAUAAAGUUUGUGCACAUGUGUGGUUUUUGAUUGGCCUUUAAAAAACUGACAGCAGUAGUAAAAAUGACUGAGGUAGAGCUGAAUGUGGUUGACAGAUAACAACUGUUUUGAUAAUUGAUGAUUUCAGGCAUUUAUAAAGUAAAAACUUCAAACGUUAGCUGUUUUGCUCUGUUAUGUAUCAUUGUAAAUUUUGAAUUUGAUAUUUAGGGUUUUUGGCUGUUGGUGACUGGUUGUGAUGGGCAUUUGUUAUUACAUUUGCCAUUUUAUUGAGUACCUAAAUUAAUAUAUAAGAAAAUAGUGAAAUACCUUACAUGAUAAAUGGCAGUUUUGGGUACAUGAUGAAUGAAAGCCAGUUUGUAACCAUCAGCUGUGAAAUCGAAGUGCAUUUGAAUUGGCUGUCACUUUGUAAUUUAUUAACCUCAUCAGUGUUCAUCAUUUCACAAUCCUUUUCAUCACUUUAGCUUUGAUUAGUUUGUUUGUUGAUGUCCACCACAAUGAACAAAAUGGCUGUUCUGCAAAUCACAUCAAGCCUAAUCUGUUCACUUCACGUCAUAUCAAAUAAGUCAACAAGUCCGUUCCCUUCAAAAAAAAAAAAUCUUCUGACUUGUUUUCAGUUAUAGGCAGUUUCAUAUUUUUUAUCAUCACCACUCAGAUUUUGCCCGGAUUUACUCUUUUGCUUGUUUCAAAAAUCAUCUCAUCACUUUCUCUAUCAACACUCUCAAAAGCUAAACUCAAACCACAUACAGUACAGAACAGUACUUAAUGAGUUCAUUGUUUUCUUUUUCUUGUACAGUUUAAUGUUGAAAAUGUAUUUAUUACAAAGGGUUUUGUGCUGCGACUGGUUGUGUAAAUGAUGCAUGUUUGUCUAAUGUUUUCUCUUGGCUAUGUUUCAAUGUGUCUUCAACAUAGUGUGUAUGUUUAAAACUGUCUGGGUCCAAAAAAAGAAAGGAACAGCUGCACAGAUAAAUAAAGCAUCAAUGGUUGGAUUUCCACUCUGCAUGUGACACAAAGCUGAUAUUGUGUCAACAGUGAGAGCGCUUGACUGUGUUCAGUGUCUUCCAAAGAGAGUCAUUUCUAUUUGAACCGAGCAUAUUCUGUUACUGACCGCAUGAGGCAGAUUUCAACCUCAGUCUCCCUCUGCUGCGUCUGCUUUGCUUUGAUCAUACUUUGGCUGUGAUCUUGGAGCUGAAAAGGUUUUUUACUGUAGGAUGAGAAUCUCCUUUGAUAGAUUGUUGCUUUUUUUUUCUUUCAUCUCUUUAUUUUUAUGAGAUACACAUUCAUAAGCUGUUUCCUGUCUUGUGCGCCAGCAAAAAUGUGCAUUUGUAACAGUUCAAGAGAGCGGGAAUGAAUCUCUUUCAUCAGUGAUAAGAAAAACCUAAAUGGGUGUAGUGUGGGUGGUGGGUCAAAAGAAUAAAAAGAAAACAAUGCAGUUUUGUAAAAUUGCUUGUCUAGUUGAGGCUGAAUUGUUGAACAUGUCUGUGUCUAAAGGUGUUGGGUGUUGGCAGCAGUGUUUGAGUUUUCUUCUAACUAAGAAUCAAACAGCAGCUCUUUGUGGAGCUUCUUUGACAAUAUGAUUAAAAAUGCUCUACCUUGAAAUGAAAAUUCUAGUAUAUUUAUAUAGCCAUUCAUCAUGAAAAUGGCUCAGAAGACUUAACAUAGAAAGAGGCAAUAAAUAAUUAAUUAUCACAGAACAUAACAAUAUUAGACGUUCAAUGAUGGUGUAUUCAUAUUUGUGAUUUUCUUAUUAAUCACACUUGAUUACUAUUCACUUGUCAAAUUUUCACAAUAUUUCUCCCUCAGCCAAAUGCAAUGUCUUGAAUCAAACGUAUUUUGGAGAAGGUUCUAUAGAGACAUGCAGUAGUUAGCAUCCUAGAUUUCACAUACCAUCUGUCAAAAUGGUUAUGCAUGGGAGUAAAGCAUCAGUUAUUAUGUCAAAAACAACUUAGAUUUCAGAAAAUAUGUAUAUUGUAAUAAUUCAAAAGCAAAGGUGCAAGUGGCAGAGUGAUGUGAUUACUGUUGGGCAAGUUACUUGCAAAAAGUAACUCAUUACUUGAAACUCAAUUACAUUAAUAGACUUAUGACUUAACAGCUGAAAUGAGUUACAAAAUGUGUUACAUUGCUUCCUUUACUCAGCCCAGCUCCUUAGAGGUGCCUUCCAACAACUCUAAAGCUGCUACACCCACAGGUCUCAUUUUCUGUAUUUAAUAAAUGUAGAGAUAGAAACCAGGGUUCACACACCCUCCAGCUAUGAACAAAACCAGCUGAUUUCUGAUUGUAGGCUUACCAAUGGAUAACGUUAUCAAGACAGCUAAGAAGAUACUCUGUAAAUAAGACAACUUUGAAGUUACCUGGUAUUGUUUUGUAGUUCGUCCUCCUUAGAAUAGUGCUUCCCUGUGUGUUGUUGGGGUUAGGUCUUAGGUUAGGUUUUGCAGAGAUUACUGGGGUUAGGACGAAGGUUAGAUAUAGGUUAAGGAAAGGGGAAACAAAGCAAUGGAGAAACAGACUCCACUGCAGCACCAGACAAUCUGUGCACUGAACAUGGUAAGAGAGCAAACAAGCCGAGCUCCAACAUGUUGAAGUGAUGGAGAGGUAGUUACUGUAAUGUCAAUUUCAAAUUGUAAUCUCUGACACCACCCUUUACUGAAAAAGUAACCACAUUUCUAUAAAAUGUUAACGAGUAAUAUGCUCCUGCCCAACACCGUGUGAGACAAGACAGUCCUUGCAUAACAAUACAGUCCGUGCGUAACAACCUUUCCCCCUCUUUUUUUUUAAAUGUAAAUUUUAUUUACAUUUUUAAAAAAAACCUUUUUACUGCUUGCAAUAUUGCCAAUGUGUUAUUAUAAAACAUAAACCUAUUUUAAAAAUCUCUCAUUUGACUCAAAGUUUCAAAGCUUUAACUAACAGUUUACCUGAAGAGAUGUCUCAGACUGCUGGUAACUGAGACUUUGCUGCUCUGUGGAAAGUUGUACCACUACUAUAAUAAGGCAUUUGCAACAUGUGAGUUUUCCUUUUAUAUCCCAGUUGAGAGAAGAUUCUGUUCUCUUGCACUGUAACAUCCCAAAUCAAGUUUUAAGAAUGAGCAAAAGCUUUGCUGCAGUCCUCACUAUUUCUGCUACAGUGCCAUCUGCAGGAUUUUCAUUUGACCCAGACCUCAUGGUUGAGAUGUUCAAACUGACAAACCACAAAGCCUAUUUAGAAAUUUCUCUUAAUGAUCAACUAUCCACUCCAAUCACCAAAACUAGUACUGGAUGGGUCAGUACGGCUAGAAAGCCCAAAUCUGUUAGUGUAAGAUUAUCUUUAAAAGUCUUGAUAGUAAUGUUUGUUUUAGUUUGGUUGAUGCAUUAUCAUGGCUCCAAUAAUCACAAUGAAAUGGCUUAUGAAUAGUAUGUUUUUGAUUUAUUCACGUCUUUAUUUGGACCUGUUGUCUGUCUGGCACCACUGUAAAAAAAGAAAAAGCCAUAAUUUGUUCUUUGUUUAAAUAUUUUGUAUUUUGAAUCAUUGUAUUUCUUUUCAU